GUAAAAAAAAAAAGCCGCCUUCCCUCCUUUGACCUUCCAUUUAAUUCCCAGUGCGCCGUGUUUCUGUUUUCUGAUUUCCGUUUUCGUUGUAGUUUUCGCCCACAAUAAUGCAAGCAGUGCAGCCUCCACCACCUCUGCCGGUGUUUUCGGACUCUUCCGCCGCCGGAUUCAGUGGUGGCUCAUCAAUGAUUAGAACUUACCGCGCCUGGAAGGGUAGUAACGUAUUUUUUCUUCAGGGGAGGCUAAUAUUUGGACCUGAUGCAAAAUCUAUAUUUUUAACGAUAUUCCUUAUUGUUGCCCCUGUUGCUACUUUCUGUGCUUUUGUAGCCAGAAAACUGUUAGACGAUUUUCCUCAUCACUCAGGAUGGUCAAUAAUGGUCAUAGUUAUUGUCCUCACCGUGUUUGUUCUGAUCGUCCUUCUGCUGACCUCAGGAAGAGAUCCUGGCAUAGUACCCCGUAAUGCUCAUCCUCCAGAGCUAGGCGAUGAUGAUGGGAGUUCUAGAAUCAACAAUGGACAAAAUCCCCGGCUGAGUUUGCCACGGACAAAGGAUAAUUGUAUAACUGUGAAGGUCAAAUAUUGCGAUACCUGCCUGCUAUAUAGGCCUCCCCGCUGUUCUCAUUGUUCGGUCUGUGAUAACUGUGUAGAGCGAUUUGAUCAUCACUGCCCUUGGGUGGGUCAGUGCAUUGGGUUGCGAAAUUACAGGUUCUACUUCAUGUUUGUCUCGUCUGCAACUUUGCUUUGCUUAUAUAUACAUGGCUUUUGCUGGGUCUACAUCAGGAGGAUCAUGGACUCUGAAGAGAUUUCAAUCUGGAAAGCAAUGAUCAAAACUCCUGCUUCUAUAGCACUUAUAAUCUACUCGUUCAUCUGUGUCUGGUUUGUCGGUGGCCUUACUGCUUUCCAUUCGUAUCUCACCAGCACAAACCAGUCCACAUAUGAAAAUUUUAGAUACCGUUAUGAUAGUCAGCACGUCAACCCAUUUAACAAAGGAAUAGUCGAGAACUUGAAAGAAAUAUUCUGCUCUAGUAUUCCUCCGUCAAAGAACAAUUUCAGGUCCAAGGUUCCAAAGGAUACAUCACCUAAGUCAAGAGGUGGUAAUGGGCCCGUGAGUCCCGUAAUGAGAAAAACGAUGGGUGACUUGGAAUUAGGGAGAAGGGAAGCCUACAGUGAGAGCGAUGAAGAAGAAAAUGAAUAUAAAGGUGGACUUGACGACGAUGAGGAACUUAGCAAGGAUAAUGGAUUGGCUGACGUGGCCCUGGAUUUGAGCAUACCUAUUCCCAGACAAGGUGUGGAGGGGCAUGAUGCUUCAUAUCUAAUACGUUCUCAUUGGGAAGGAAGAAGCAGAAUGGAGGACAUUGCUCCUCAAGUUCUUGACGGACUGCCUCAAGCCGGCGAAUCAACAAAAGCAGCUUCAUAGAAUCAAGGCAAUUUACAAAUGUAUGUAUUUUUUUUUUUAAAAUAAAUAAAAGAGGAACGAGUUUAUAGUCUACUUGCAAGCUAAAUGCAAUCUACCAAUCAAUCAACUGGUUCUUCCUUAUAUAUUUAUAAAAAUUUUGUUUAAUGUUUAA